GGGAAAACCUCGAGGUUCAAAGACAAGUGAACUCCGUAGUUUAAUCGACGAUAAAAGUUACUUCUGAAGUGUAAUUCGAAGCGGUUCACGGUCUCUUAGCACCUGGAUAAUGAGGAAACAAGUUGACGCUGGUUCUAACGAGACAUUACCACUAUGGAGGGGGGCGUGGCCUGCGGGCCUGCCGCGGAGCGGAGUGUGCAAGGACCGGCCUUGAAGACAGCGGCAGGAGCAGCCGGGACGAGAGAUGUGGUUGGAGUGGCUGGCGAGCAGACGGAUGAGACCGAGAGACAUCAUGCUGGAAAGCAAGACCAUACGGCUGUAUGAAAAUAAAAGACUGUUACCUCAGACUACCGGGCUCACAAGAGAAUCUUUGUGUCCGGGGGACCCACAGGAGGGCAACCUCCACAUUUUGGCGCCCAACGAACCUGAUCAAAGAUGACAGAGUCCGACCCCCUGGCAGCGUUGGCGCGGGUUCUCGCGGAGGUGACGGCGGCCAGUCAUCAACAGCUGGAGGCGGUCCAACAGCAGGUGGCCUAGCAAAGCCUAAUCCUGCAGGCGAUGGCGGACUGGGGAGGAGCGGCACCACCAACAUCAGCGGCCGUCUCCAUGCAGCGCAUGGGGGAAAAGAGGACCCCCAUGCCUUCAUAGACAUUUUUGUGGCCACGGCGGAGGAAUGCGCGUGGCCGGAGGAGGGGUGGGGAGUACACUUGCUGCCAUUGCUGGCGGGAGAAGCGCAGCGGGCGGUGCUCAGCCUACCGGCGCUUAGCCUACCGGCGGCAUCCCGCAUGCGCUUCCCGGACCUGAGACGGGCGGUGCUCGACCAAACCGGCAGCACCAGCCAGGACCACCGGCGCUGGUUCCGGGCACCACCGGUGCCACAGGUGAUCCGGGUUGCCGGCCCUCUGGCGCCCUCCACUGACGCCGGUUCCGGGCGCUGCGCAUGGGGGCAGCGGAUCGUCGGUUCGUGUUGGGGCAGCAGCUCCAGGAUGCGGCGACACGCUGGCUGCAGCAGGGCGAAGGUGACGUCCAGGUGGUGGAGCAGCUUGUCCUGGAGCAGUUCCUGGAGGCGAUCCCAGCGCGGACAGCGGCCUGGGUCUGCUACCACCGGCCACAAGACCUGGCAGCAGCAGUGACGCUAGCAGAGAACCAUCUGGCGGUGCACCGCGAGGCGCGAAGGGAGGAGAGGACCAUGGAGGCAGCCGAGCGUCCAGCCCCGGGGCCGCGCGCGCAGCGAGAGGAGGAGGCGGCGCCGCCGGUCCCGCGCAACUGACUCUUUUUGUUGUGCUGCCUUGCAGUUCCCGGCUGCUGCUGAUACAGUGCUUCCCGCGCAGACGGCCCCUCAAACGCCUGGGCAGGCGUGCUGGAGGCGUGGGUAGCCCGGUCACGUGCGUCAGGUACCUCCAUGCGUGGAGGUGAGGCAGGUGAUCUGAGUUGCCGGCCCUCUGGCGCCCUCCACCGACGCGGGUUCCCGGCGCUGCGCAUGGGGGCAGCAGAUCGUCCGUUCGUGUUAGGGCAGCAGCUCCAGGAUGCGGCGACGCGCUGGCUGCAGCCGGGCGAAGGCGACGUCCAGGUGGUGGAGCAGCUUGUCCUGGAGCAGUUCCGGGAGGCGAUCCCAGCGCGGACAGCGGCCUGGGUCCGCUACCACCGGCCACAAGACCUGGCAGCAGCAGUGAAGCUAGCAGAGGACCAUCUGGCGGUGCACCGCUAAGCCGCGAAGGGAGGAGAGGACCAUGGAGGCAGCCGAGCGCCCAGCCCCGGGGCCGCACAGGCCGUGCGCGCAGCGAGAAGAGGCGGCGCCUCGCAACUGACUAUUUUUGUUGUGCUGCCUUGCAGUUCCCGGCUGCUGCGGAUACAGUGCUUCCCGCGCAGACGGCCCCUCAAACGCCUGGGCAGGCGUGCUGGAGGCGUGGGCAGCCCGGUCACGUGCGUCAGGGGACCUCCACGUGUGGAGGUGAGACAGGUGAUCCGGGUUGCUGGCCCUCUGGCGCCCUCCACUGACGCCGGUUCCGGGCGCUGCGCAUGGGGGCAGCGGAUCGUCGGUUCGUGUUGGGGCAGCAGCUCCAGGAUGCGGCGACACGCUGGCUGCAGCAGGGCGAAGGUGACGUCCAGGUGGUGGA